GUCGACCAGUUCCGCGUCAUACCAACCUCCGCCGACAAUCCAUCAAAGAGGCAUGGGCGCAAGCAACACCCAUGAACUGGUGUCGAAUAAUUUGAUUGUCGUCGAGCGGGAGAUGCUCCUGAAAGCGCAUCCCGUGGACGACGACCUCAAGCACUGGCAUAUAUGGAGCCAACUCGACAUGCACGACGAAGCGACUGCUGUCCGACUGUCCAAGUUUAUGAACGAUUUGAUCCAUCUCGUCGUUCCUGACGCCUCAAUUCGGGACUCAGAAAUGGCCAUGUCUGGAUGCGAGAUGGACUUAUCUAGCGUCAAGCUGCACGAUGCAAUUCACAUGGAAUGGCCGCCCAGCACGACUCAAGUCGAGGAAAUGAUGCGCGAUUUUCGACACUCGGCAGAUGCAGUCCACAUCCCGCUGCCUCGAGACAUCUACCACAAAUUUCUCGUUCAUGCUGCCGAGCACUACGCAACACAGCCCAACGUGAUUAAACUGCAGAUUCCACCUGGGUGCACGUUGACAGUUGUGGGGGAUUUACACGGGCAACUGCAUGACCUCCUGCACAUCUUCGACACGCAAGGGCUGCCGUCACCGACGUGCUGGUACCUUUUCAACGGCGACCUUGUAGAUCGCGGGACAUGCAGCCUUGAGAUCUGUGCCAUCUUGUUUGCAUACCACAUGCUGUACCCCGACGCAAUUCACAUCAAUCGAGGCAACCACGAAGACGAAUUUAUGAAUAGCGUGCACAGCUUUCGCCGUGAAGUUCUAGUGAAAUACGAUGCGGACAUGUGUGAAGCGUUCAACGCAGUCUUCGAUGCGCUCCCACUCGCCCACGUUGUCAAUGACUCGCUCUUUGUCGUCCAUGGCGGGCUCUCGGAGACACCGCUGACGAUCGACCAAAUCAACUCGAUUCCGCGAUACAAGUACCAUCUGCACGCCCCACACGACCCGACAAUGCCAAAAGAACUUCACUGGAUGCAGGAUCUUUUGUGGUCAGACCCUCAAGUUUCUUUGGGCCUCGCAUCGAGCCGCCGUGGCGCGGGGGUUGUGUUUGGCCCAGACAUUUGCGCUGAUUUUCUUCAGCGCAACCAGCUCAAGAUGGUCGUGCGGUCGCACGAAGUCGUGCGGCAAGGUUUCAUGUGGGCGUUCGACUUGGACGAAGUCAGUACCGACGGGUGUAUUCCAGCCAUGCCACCCGCGCAAAUCCCGACCGAUCUGGGCAAUGUCCCCGAGAACAUGCUGCUUACGCUCUUCUCGUGCUCCAAUUACUGUCACGACACAAACAGGGGAGGAAUCUUGAAGGUUGAUGCCGACCUGCGAUAUCAUAUCGUGAAUUACAGCAUUUCACCCGCGAGACCAACGACCCGAGGCCUCCCGGCAUUUCGAUCGAUUGAAGAUCGUAAUCGCCACAACAUUAUCCACUUGAUCGCUAGCCACAAGUCCAAGCUCGCUCAAGCAUUUGAAGCGCUGCAUCCAGUCCAGACGUGUCGAACUGACCAAGGUUGCAUGCAGCACCGAGCGAAGUCGAGCUUGAUCCUGACACUCUAGGAACUCGAAUCACCGUGGACGCGUGGGCCCAAGUGCUGCGCAAAGUUCUGGCGCUCGACUUGGACUGGAAGGAACUGGCGCCGCACAUGACAACCGUGGAUGCCGACGGCAACGUGGACUGCGACGAAUUCCUUUCGUCCUUUUGCGCCGUGUAUGAAGGCGUACGUGGUCCUGUUUCCACGUCCGUUUGUGAACCUCACGCACGUGGGCAGCAACCCGAGUGGCGCGGGGUGUUUGAUGCGUUGUAUCCGCACCGGAAAGCUUUGGAGGCGAUCUUUUGCUUUUUCGACCGCGACCACUCGGGUGCCAUCUCGAUGGACGAAUUCAAGCAGGGGUGCUUGCUGCUGAACGAGCACCUUCCGUUGUCGGACCGGUGGAAGGACCCGAUCGCGCUCUUCCGCGACAUGGACAUUGACGGGACGCGAGCCAUCAGCAUCAACAAGUUCUUUGAAGCAUUUCGAAUUGUCGACAGCCUCGUCCACGUCAGCAGCACACCAUGAUGGUUGCAUGUGCUGCCACAGGUUUGAGUCAGUUUAAUCGAGAAUUUUCAAGUGUUGUGCUGUCAAAGGAGGC